AAAACCUGUCUGAAGAUGACUGAUAAUGCUGUCUUUGAGCAUGAUCAAAUCACAGAGGAGACGGGCAGAAAUGGGAUGUCUGGGUCAAAUGUCAUUGCCAUGGAGCUCAUAAAGAAGCAACAUGGAGCUACUGUCAGUUUCCACAGCAUCCGUUAUAGAGUGGAGCAGAAGAGUGGACCCAUCUGCAGGAGGACAACAGUCCAUAAAGAGAUUCUGGUGGACCUCAAUGGGAUCAUGAGACCUGGUUUAAAUGCUAUUUUGGGUCCUACGGGAAGUGGCAAAUCUUCUUUUUUGGAUGUACUUGCAGCCCGGAAGGAUCCUGCGGGACUUUCUGGUGAAGUUCUCAUCAAUGGAGCCAUACAACCACCUAAUUUCAAAUGUCUUUCUGGUUAUGUUGUCCAGGAUGACAUAGUGAUGGGGACUCUGACGGUGAGAGAAAACCUCUGUUUCUCAGCCGCGCUACGUUUGUCCUCCCAAAUCAGUCCAAAAGAGAAAGAGGCGAGAGUGAACCAUCUCAUCUCAGAGCUGGCCCUCAACAAAGUUGCUGAUGCAAAGGUGGGCACGCAGCUGAUCCGAGGUAUCUCAGGUGGCGAGAGGAAGAGGACCAGCAUUGGGAUGGAGCUGAUCAUAGACCCCUCUGUGCUGUUUCUGGAUGAGCCCACCACUGGUCUGGACGCUAGUACAGCUUAUUCUGUGCUCCUGCUGCUGAAGAGAAUGGCCGGUCAGGGGCGCACCAUCAUCAUGUCUAUUCAUCAGCCGCGAUACUCCAUUUACCGGCUCUUUGACAGCCUCACCCUGUUGGUCAGCGGCAAACAAGUUUAUCAUGGUCCCACUCAAGAUGCUCUAGACUACUUUGCCAACAUUGGAUAUGCUUGUGAAGCUCAUAAUAACCCAGCUGAUUUUUUCUUGGACAUCAUUAAUGGCAGCUCUGCUGCUGCCAACAUGACAAAGAUUCAGAAUAAUGGAGAUUUUGGGUUUGAAGUGGCAGCCGUCAGCCAGCAGUCUAUUGAGGAUCAGCUGGUGGAGAAGUACAAAAACUGCAGCUAUGCACGGAGCAUCAAAGCUGAGCUAGAGCGUAUCACCUGGGCCAAAGACAACAACAUCAGAGCCAAGGGUCACACCAUCACCUACAACAGCUCAUUCUUCCACCAGCUCCACUGGGUGUUGUGGAGAACCUUCUGGAAUCUAAUGCUGAACCCUCAGACUUCAGUAGCACAGCUGGCUGUCACAACCCUCAUGGCUGCCAUUGUUGGUGCAAUCUUCUAUGGAGUCAAAGAUGACCAGAGUGGCAUUCAAAACAGGUUUGGUGUUUUGUUCUUCAUCACAACGAAUCAAUGUUUCAGCACACUUUCGGCUGCCGAACUCUUCAUCACUGAGCGCAAACUGUUUAUUCAUGAAAUCACAAGUGGAUACUACAGAGUGUCUGUCUACUUCCUGUCUAAGAUCCUGUCUGACAUCAUCACUCAGCGAACAGUCCCCACCAUACUCUUCACCGGUGUUGUUUAUUUCAUGAUUGGGUUAAAACCCACAGUGGCAGCAUUCUUCACCUUCAUGUUGACAGUGAUUCUGGUUUCUUGUGCAGCUGCGUCCAUGACCAUGGCCAUCUCAGCUGACCAAUCAGUGGUGGCCGUGGCCAACAUCUUCAUGACCAUCAGCUUCAUCUUCAUGAUGAUCUUCUCUGGUCUGCUGGUUAACCUGAAGAGCAUCAUGGACUGGCUGUCCUGGCUGAAGUACCUCAGCAUCCCUCGCUAUGGACUCGAGGCAUUGGAGAUAAAUGAGUUUGUGGGGCUGAAGUUUUGUGGGAAUGUCUCCGCCGUGAUGAGCAGCCCUGCUGCUGACAUCCUCAUGUGCACAGGAGAACAGCAUCUGACGUUCCAAGGAAUCGAUUACUCAUCCUGGGGUUUAUGGCACAACCACAUAGCACUUGCGCUCAUGACUUUGAUUUUUCUCAUCAUCGCUUACAUCAAGCUCCGAUUCAUUCCGAAGUUCUCGUAAAUGUUCCGAUUAUUGUUGGCUUUAUGAAUCAUCACACAUUAACACACUCAAUUCUGCUAUCUUACAAUAUA